AUGCGAGAAGUACUACGAUCCAAGAUUCACCGGGCCUGGGUGACCGACGCGAACCCCGACUACAUCGGCAGCAUCCUGAUCGACGAAAACCUGAUGGACAAGAUCGACCUCUGGAACUUCGAGAAGGUCUUGGUCUGCGACGUGACCAACGGCAACCGCUUCGAGACCUACGCCAUCGCUGGCGAGCGGGGCUCGGGCGUCAUCUCCGUCCAGGGCGCGGCCGCACGGCUCAGCGCCAAGGGCAACUGCCUGAUCAUCAUGUCCUUCGAAGUCUCCGACACUCCGAUUGACCCACAGAUGAUCCUCGUCGACGAGAACAACCGAUUCGUGGAGUACCUGGAGGGCGCCAAGCAUGUCCAGCAGGUUCACUGA